GGCUGCCUUUUAAAGGAAACCCACCCGGGAUCCCAUUCCCCAGUCGGACGGAGGUCAGGACACGGAGCGGAGCGUCUCAAGCAAAACACUCCCCUUGCCUAUCGCCCGUCUUCAGUCGCCCUUUUACUCGCCUUGUGAGCGCCGCUAGCUCGUCCUCGUUAUGUAUCGCUAUUUUGGGGAGCUGCUGAGCCGCUCGGCGGGCAGCGCUCUGGCCUCGAGCUGCGUGGACUCUGCUCUCCCGGCGUCCGCCUCCCUGUUGCGGGUGCGCCGCUAUGCCGACGCGGCGGAGCAGCCCGACGACCCCAACUUCUUCCGCAUGGUGGAGGGCUUCUUCGACCGCGGCGCCGCCAUCGUGGAAGACAAACUGGUCGAGGACCUGCGGACGCGCGAGACCCCCGAGCAGAAGCGGCACCGUGUGCGGGGAAUCCUGCGCAUCAUCAAGCCGUGCAACCACGUCCUGAGUGUCUCCUUUCCCAUCAAGAGGGACAACGGCGAGUGGGAGGUGGUGGAGGGCUACCGCGCCCAGCACAGCCAGCACCGGACCCCCUGCAAAGGAGGUAUCCGUUACAGCACCGACGUGUCCGUGGAUGAAGUGAAAGCUCUGGCCUCUCUGAUGACCUACAAGUGUGCUGUUGUUGAUGUGCCGUUUGGGGGAGCCAAGGCCGGCGUCAAGAUCAACACCAAGAAUUAUUCUGAUAACGAGCUAGAGAAGAUCACCAGGAGAUUCACCAUCGAGCUGGCCAAGAAGGGCUUCAUCGGCCCCGGCAUCGACGUCCCAGCUCCAGACAUGAGCACAGGCGAGCGAGAAAUGUCUUGGAUCGCCGACACGUACGCCAACACCAUCGCUCACACCGACAUCAACGCCCACGCCUGCGUGACAGGAAAGCCCAUCAGCCAGGGCGGCAUCCACGGCCGCAUCUCGGCCACCGGUCGCGGAGUCUUCCACGGCAUCGAGAACUUCAUCAACGAGGCGUCGUACAUGAGCAUGCUGGGCCUGACACCCGGCUUCAAGGAUAAGACAUUCAUCGUCCAGGGUUUUGGCAACGUGGGCCUGCACUCCAUGAGGUACCUGCACAGGUACGGUGCCAAGUGCGUGGGCGUGGGUGAGAUUGACGGCUCCAUUUACAAUCCAGACGGCAUUGACCCCAAACAGCUGGAGGACUACAAACUGCAACACGGCACCAUUGUGGGCUUCCCGGGGGCCAAGCCUUACGACGGCAACAUCCUGGAAGCCGACUGCCACAUCCUGAUCCCGGCCGCCGGGGAGAAGCAGCUUACUCGUCACAAUGCCCCCAGAAUCAAGGCCAAGAUCAUUGCCGAGGGUGCCAACGGCCCCACCACCCCAGAUGCAGACAAGAUCUUUCUGGCCAGCAAUGUCAUGGUCAUCCCUGACAUGUACCUCAACGCAGGAGGUGUGACCGUGUCCUAUUUCGAGUGGCUGAAGAAUCUCAACCACGUCAGCUACGGGCGCCUGACCUUCAAGUAUGAGCGAGAUUCCAACUAUCACCUGCUCAUGUCCGUGCAGGAGAGUCUGGAGAGGAAGUUUGGCAAGCAGGGAGGCCCCAUCCCCAUCGUGCCCACCGCUGACUUCCAGGCGAGAGUUGCUGGUGCCUCUGAGAAGGACAUUGUCCACUCUGGUCUGGCCUACACCAUGGAGAGAUCUGCCCGGCAAAUCAUGCGCACGGCCGCCAAGUACAACCUGGGCCUGGACCUGCGGACGGCAGCCUACGUCAACGCCAUCGAGAAGGUCUUCAAGGUCUACAACGAGGCCGGGCUCACCUUCACAUAAGCGGCCGGGCGCCGGCACGCACGUUUACUCCCCCAAACCUCCUCCUCGUUGUCUUCCCCACCACUCUGUCCUCUCUACCGCAGCCUUCAGAACAUAACGAGCGUCUGUGGGCCUGCAGGUCUUUGCUUCUGCUUUCGAUAUACGACGAGAGGCAGGCUCACCUUGUAAUAGUGUCUUUGUUUCCCUGACGUUGAAACAGCAGGCGUCGGACCAACUCGUCCAUCAUAUCCCAUCGUCGUAAUUUUGAUAUCCACGCCCCUUUUUGUGUGUGUGUGUGUGUGUGUGUGGUUUGAGCCCACAACAAUGCAGAUGCCUUACUGAUGGGAUGAAAGGAGAAUUACAUGUAGUCAUAAAACAAACAGGAAGAAUCCCACUACCCCCGCCCCCACAUAUAGUACUAUUUUAACCGUCCACAUCCUCAUUUUGAAAUAAUUUACGAGGAAAUUACUGUUUAUUUGUAUUUUACUGCUUUUUUGGGAAAAUAAUAAAAUGUUAAGAAAAAUAAA